GGCUGGGAGCUCCCCUUCCACUCCUCCGCGGGCCCCAGGGGACCGACAUGGCCCAGAAGAGUCCCCGCCCCGCCCUGGAGCCCGAGCACGUCCAGCGGCUGCUGCUCUCCAGCCGGGAGGCCAAGAAGUCCGCCUACUGCCCCUACAGUCGCUUCCCCGUGGGGGCCGCCCUCCUCACCGGGGACGGGAGGAUCUUCUCGGGGUGCAACAUAGAAAAUGCCUGCUACCCACUGGGCGUCUGUGCUGAACAAACCGCCAUCCAGAAGGCCAUCUCAGAAGGGUACAAAGAGUUCAGGGCAAUUGCUAUCUCCAGUGACUUGCGAGAUGAUUUUAUCUCCCCAUGUGGUGCCUGCCGGCAGGUCAUGAGAGAGUUUGGCACUGACUGGGCUGUCUACAUGACCAAGCCGGAUGGCACAUACAUUGUCAGGACAGUCCAGGAGCUGCUGCCUGCCUCCUUUGGGCCCGAGGACUUGCAGAAGAUCCAGUGAGGGAUGGGGAACACCCACCGCCUAGGAGACCCUGGGUUCCCACAUGUGCUUAAGGGGACACAGCCACCCAGAGAACUUCAUGAAGACGUACUCACAGACCUGAGGACGCCUGCCUAGUGGUCCCCAGCCCCACAGGCGCUGGGCAGAGAUGACUUUUCCAAAUCACACUCAAGCACUGGGGUUCCUACUGAAGUGAUACAGGGUUUCACUCCAGCCUGGGCCACCGUCCCUCCUUGCAACCCUCCUUGUCCUCCCUAGGACUCAGAGCACCCCAUCCCUCUCUUCCUUCCUGUGGGCCCUCUUUCAAAUUCCAGCCAAGUCUGUGCUAUCCUGCUUGGUUC